UUUGAUUUAAUAUAAGAAAUCAACUCCUAUUGGUUCCAUUAAAAUAUGAAGCCAUCACUUUCAAUCACAAACCAAAAAAAUAUGAAGAGUUGUUCUUGUGCCUAAUGACCGUAAUUUCAGUUCAAUUGAAAUAAAUAUUUUUAGGAAGAAAUUACAUUUGCUCCUGAGGCUUCUGCACAACCAGAGGGAAGGAGUACCACACCAGAAGUAAGUAGAAAGUAGAUUCAUAUGUAAUGUGCAAAUUCUGGAAGAAAAGUGUAUAUCUCACAAGAAUUGAAAAACAUGUCUAGUACCUCUCAAGUAAUCUUCUUUUGCAGUUUCUUUUUGUUACAGUUCUUUGAAGAACUUGUUGAACUGCCCUCUUCCGAGGACAUUGCGGAGUGUGUCAAAGAGCAGGACCAGAGGCGUGAAGAACUGCACUCCAAGCGGGAACAGAGAGUUGAAGCAGCCCAAGAAAAGCAGAAGGCUGAGUACAGGAACAGGAAAGCAAGAGGAGUGAAGACCUUCAGCUUCUCUGUAGGGAUGAAGGUUCUUAAAAGAAACCUUCGCAAUGAGACUCGGAAGGGUGGGAUAAUGGAGCAGAAGUGGACUGGUCCAAACAAAGUCCUUGACAUCGACUCCUCAAACCGUGUGGCACUUGAGGCUGUGAGCAAUGGGAAGAAGCUCAAGAGCCGUACUCCAUACAACAACCUGAGGCCAUUCCUCCAGAGCCAGUUGCACUGUGACAGACACUUAUUGGACCACAGAGAUGGACUGCAGCCCUCCAGCAUUCAGGGACCUGUGCAGCCAUCACCUGACACCUCACAGUAA